ACACAGCAGAAACCACCUCAAGGACCCACCUUGGUGCUGCAGACACAGCAGAAACCACCUCAAAGACCCACCUUGCUGCUGCAGACACAGCAGAAACCACCUCAAAGACCCACCUUGCUGCUGCAGACACAGCAGAAACCAUCUCAAGGACCCACCUUGCUGCUGCAGACACUGCAGAAACCAUCUCAAGGGCCCACCUUGCUGCUGCAGACACUGCAGAAACCAUCUCAAGGACCCACCUUGCUGCUGCAGACACCGCAGAAACCACCUCAGGGACCCACCUUGCUGCUGCAGACACAGCAGAAACCACCUCAGGGACCCACCUUGCUGCUGCAGACACUGCAGAAACCACCUCAGGGACCCACCUUGGUGCUGCAGACACUGCAGAAACCACCUCAAAGACCCACCUUGCUGCUUCAGACACAGCAGAAACCACCUCAAGGGACCCACCUAGCUGCUGCAGUCACAGCAGAUACCACCUCAAGGACCCACCUUGCUGCUGGAGACACCGCAGAAACCACCUCAAAGACCCACCUUGGUGCUGCAGGCACAGCAGAAACCACUCAAAGACCCACCUUGCUGCUGGAGACACUGCAUAAACCACCUCAAGGACCCACCUUGCUGCUGCAGACACUGCAGAAACCACCUCAAGGACCCACCUUGCUGCUGAAGGCACAGUUGACUCUACCUGGCAUAUUAAUGAGUAUCUUCUCAUGA